UAAGCAACUGCUGCUGCCCAGUUACGCUCAAAAAACUAACAACAUGACGCCCUUGGCCUUGUUGCUGCUGCUGUUGCCGCCGCCGCUGCUGCUGCUGCAGCUGUCCGCGCCGCUUGCUGCCGCCGACGAGGAUCGCUACAGACUGGACUCACUGCAGCAACACUUGCGCAGCAUUACCCUUGGCCGCGCCAUGAACACAAGCUUCGCCUACAUCAGCACCAUGUGCAGCCGCAUCAUGGAUCUGGGCAUAGUCCAGCCCAGAGUUGUGCCAGACAUUUCGAAAAUGAACUUGGUCUUUCAGCUCAGCGAAUGCGAGAAUAUUACGGUGCCGCUCGAGCGAGCCGCAGAGAUCUGGAAUCAUCCAAGCUUCAAUAGAAACAAUCACAUGCGUAUCUUCAUCACAGGCUGGCGCUCAACGAUCAACAGCUCCAACAGCGGUCCGGUGGCCAAGGCAGAGGCCUGUACGAACAGCACUAACUUUUUGAUACUCGACGCCGCCAACUUCAUCGAUACGCUGUACACGUGGUCGGCGCUGAACACGGACGCCAUUGGCUACCAUUUGGCCAAGGCAUUGGUGCCGCUCAAGCCGCGUUGGGUGCGCCGCAGGGUAACCCUCGUUGGUCAUAGCUUGGGUGCACAGAUCGCGAGCGCCGCUGGCCGGCACUAUCAGCUGCUGAGCGAUGGUGUCAGGAUCAGUCGCAUUGUUGGACUCGAUCCGGCAAAUCCUUGCUUCUACGAUGGCAGCACGCUGCCCGGACUGCGUAAAGGCGAUGCCAGAAUUGUGACCAUUAUACACACGAAUCCCGGUGGCCUGGGCACAGCGGAGGCCACUGGCGAUGGCGACUACUUCGUGCAGGGCCUGGCGCCCCUUAUGCCCGGCUGUUCGGGACUCGAUGCUGUGGUCUGCUCGCAUGAGCGCGCCGUCGACUAUUGGGUCGAGAAUUUGUAUCCGGGCAGCGGCUUCCAUGGACGUCGCUGUGAGCGGUAUGCGCAUCUCUAUACGGGACUGCAGUGCAGAUUCAUUGAGGAUGACGGCGUGGACUUUGGAGCCAGCGAAGGGCUUUACUUUUUGAAUGUCAAUCCCAAUGAGCCUUAUGGCCAGAACGCUACGGCGGGAGAGUUCGUAUCCGCCGGCAGUUCAUGCGGCCGAUGCGAGGCGAGCUAAAGUUCGCGCAUUUCAUUUGACCCCUUUUUUUUGGAUUUACACAAAUAGUUAAUAUUUUGCUCUUUUAUCGGUCUAAACUGUGCAAUUAUCCAUAACAAAACUAUGUGAAUAAAUGAGA